ACCACCAACCAAAGUCGUCGUCUUCCCAAACUGAAACCCUAACCCUAACCCUAAUUUCUCGUUCUUAUAUAAAUCCUCGAUCUCUUCGACAUGGUUCUCUCAACCCCACAAUGUACGAAUCCAAGCUUGUCUUGGUUCUACUUCUCCUCCUCGGGUCUCUUCCUUCUCGCCGCUGCUCACGGCGUCGACCAUGACUCUGAUUCCGAUGCUGGAUCAGGGUCCGAUUCGGGUGGGAAGGCUCCGGACUUGAGAGCGAAGUCGCUGAUUCUCGUGAAGAUUUGGUGCUUGAUUAUUGUGUUUUUUGGGACGUUUAUUGGGGGGAUUUCGCCGUAUUUUUUGAAAUGGAAUGAGGGGUUUUUGGUUCUCGGAACGCAGUUCGCCGGUGGAGUGUUUUUGGGUACAGCGAUGAUGCAUUUCCUUAGUGAUGCGAAUGAGACUUUUGAGGAUUUGACGGAGGUUGAGUAUCCAUUUGCUUUUAUGCUGGCUAGUGCGGGGUAUGUGAUCACGAUGCUGGUGGAUUGCUUGUUUUCAAGCCUGAUGAACAAGGGGAGGAAUGGUGGAGGCUUUCAUGGCGGUGCUGGGAGGAAUGGAGAGACUUUUGAAACAGAAAAAGGAAUUGUUGGUAGCAAUUCACAUGCACAAUCUGAGACAGAAGACAGUGCUCAUGGUCACUCUGCUGCCAAGUCUUUAGUGUAUGCUAGUUCACUGGGUGAUAGCAUAAUGCUGAUUGUUGCAUUGUGUUUCCAUUCUGUGUUUGAAGGCAUUGCCAUUGGAGUUGCAGAAACCAAGGCAGAUGCAUGGAAAGCCUUGUGGACAGUGAGCCUACACAAGAUCUUUGCUGCAAUUGCAAUGGGAAUAGCACUCCUUCGAAUGAUUCCCGAUCGGCCUCUCCUCUCAUGCGCAUCGUAUUCCUUCGCCUUCGCCAUCUCAUCUCCCAUCGGCGUGGCCAUCGGUAUCAUCAUCGAUGCUACAACACAAGGCAAAGUGGCGGACUGGAUUUAUGCCAUCUCAAUGGGUCUUGCAUGCGGGAUCUUCAUCUAUGUCGCCAUAAACCAUCUUCUUUCUAAAGGUUACGUGCCAUUGAAGAACAUUACAGCAGACACGCCGUUAAACCGAUGGAUUGCCGUGGUCUUAGGUGUCGGAGUCAUUGCCGUUGUGAUGAUCUGGGACACUUGAGAAGAUGAUAUAAAGCAUAGAAUACAAUAAUGAUUUUUUGUCGUCUUGGUUCUAUGAGUAAUUGUCCUCGACAUUCUUAAAUAUAUAAGGUGUAAUGUUGUGCAAAAUUUCACCUUUUUC